CAGGGUCAUAAAGAAACUAAUUUGCAGGAUGGCCAGUUGGAAGACUGGGCAUAAUUGAUAUGCUCGACCCAUGCAUAAGGAAUAAGGGCCUAAUAAAUCUGCGUUCAAAUUUUUUUCACGUGUCUAAUCAUGUCCCACUUGCGCGGCCUGGAGAUGGCCCCAUGUCCUGUGCUGUUGCAGCACCGAGGGACGAAAACCUAUCCGGGUCCUAACUUAAUCCUGGAUCCUGGGCAGGAUUCAAGUCGCUCCAACGGAUGGGACCUCGCGCUACCCCAUCCUCUGGACCUGUCCUUGCACCUGCGCUUUGGUUUGGCCAACUGUCUCUGCAAAAUUACACUGCAUCUUCAACCGAUUCAUCGCGUGCGAUCUUCUCUCAUUCUUAGUUCUGCCUUACCCUUUCAUGCAUCCCACCCCUCCCCAUCGCCUCCUGCUGUACCAUUGACUGCCCUUGUAUCUUGUUUCGACUGUUUUUCUUUUGUUUGCAUUCAGCGCUUAGUGAUAAGUGUUUGCGCUGGGAUUGGUUCGACAUUGUUUGUAGCUUGUAACUACGGGCUGCCAUGUCUGUCUUGUGCAAUCGCAUUCGCUGCUGGCCCACUGCGGGCCGGGUCCACUACACCGCUGAUCCAGACCGAUUAGGUCAGAAUAGGUCACCGGCAGUUGAGCGAGUGGGAACCGUCACCAGCAUCU